UAAUGCGAGUUGAAUACAUUGAAUUUAUUCUCCCUGUUACUGUAGGUAAACGUCUGCAAAAAGAAAUGGAUAGUACAUACCUAACUAAUGAUUGCCUGAUUCAUAUAUUCUCAUUUUUUCACGAAGAUGACUUAAUUCGAGCGUCUUAUGUCUGCAAGGAAUGGCAUGAAGCAGCAGAAACACCUUGGUUGUGGCGACAGAUGUGUCUGAAACGGUGGGGUUUCUGUAACAUUUCUCUGCUGGCCACUGAUCAUGGGAAGCGGGCUUGGAAGUGUUAUUUCCUGGGCCGGUCCAACCUAGAGAUAAAGAUGACCGAAGGUAGACCGGGAGGGGACUACGUCUGUAAAAGUUUAAGGGGACACAAAGGCAGGGUGGUUGGGUGUGUGUAUCUGUUAAGGAACUCUCCCCAGCUCCCUGACUUCUGCAGCUUCACCCCUACUGUCUGCACUGCAUCGUCUGAUGGUACAGUCCGUGCCUGGGACGUGCAGCAGGGGGACCAGCUGUGGUGCAGCCCAGUUCAGAGUCCUCUGACUGGGAUGGUGGCUGGGCCGGGUGGCGCCAGGGUCUUUACGUCUGAUACCACCGGGUUGGUCAAGGCCUGGGACAGUCAGAGUGGACAGGAGAUAUCCUCUUACUCCUCAGCAUCCCCACAAUGCACCCUGCUCCCUUUCCACGUGGACGCCAGCUCUUUUCUCUUAGUGGGGAACAGCCAAGGCUCAGUCCAUACCCUGACCAGUCCCUCGCUGUCGAAGGUGUCCAGUCUGGUGGUAUGUGACACAUUCAAAGUCAACCUCCUCCUGGCAUCGCCCGACAAGAAAUGGAUCCUCGCCGGGACUAAGGAGAAUAUGGAUAUGAGCCCGAAGGUGUUGUCCAGUCAGAGUGCGACGUGUCCGUCCGAAGACGAGGAUUCCCUGCGCCAGUGUCUUCCCGUCUCCGGUUGCUGUGCUGCCUCCUUCCUUCCCUCACGGCCAGCCACACUGGCUACGGUGCACUGCCGGGAGCACUCACGCCUCCGCCAGGAGAAGACCCUCUCUGUGUUCAACAUCAGCGUGAAAAAGACCAGAUACAAGUCGGAGGUUCAGGUCGAGCAGGUGGAGAAAUUCGAGGUGGUUUUUGAGAGCCAGAGCUCAGACAUCCUUCUGGAAGGGAUGGGCAGCGGUACUCUGGUAGUGGUCGCUGACAAGGAGCUGAGGGUUUACACGCUGAAAGGACAACUCCUCUGUAGCUUCCAGGACCACAUUAAACCCAUCACUUCUGUUUGUGUGGAUAGUUUCCGUGUAGUCACCGCUUCUCAGGACCUGUCCUUAAGAGUGCUGACCUGGAAAACUGACGGAGAUGGAGGACUCAUGUUGGAAAGUCGGUACCACUUGUUGGGAGGUUCUCACACCAUGUCCAGAGGGUUUACCCACGUGGUCUGUGACUACUCGAGUAUCGUGGCCUCAGUAGAAGCGGCAGAUGGGAAGGAUGUCCUAAAGGCCUACUCUUUCAACUCCUGAGAAACGCCGCCCUCUGAGAGGACAUUGCACGUACCAUGGCAGUUAUCCGCUCAGAUGCGUCUGUGCCUUUCCUCCAAGAACCCUCCACUUUUAGAAUAGGCAUCGUAAUCAGAAGUUAUUGCGGAUGUCAUGCAAAGCCUACACAAGAAUCAAAGAUGCUUUGUUUUCGUAUAGUAACACAUUUCCUGAACGGUGAUAAAUCAUGAACGUCUUCCAUGUAACUGGAGGUGUUUCAGUGACUUUAAU